AUGCCCUCGAAAAUGGCAUCAUCAUCAUCUUUCUUCCAAUCACCUACCCUAGUCUACACCUCCGCCAUAGCUCUCCGCGCCAUCCUUCUUAUCUAUGGCGCCUGGCAAGACGCCAACUCCGCCGUCAAAUACACCGACAUCGACUACCUCGUCUUCACCGACGCAGCCCGCUACGUCUCCCACGGCGCCUCGCCUUACGAAAGAGACACCUACCGCUACACGCCCCUCCUAGCAUGGCUGCUCCUCCCGACCUCCUGGUCCGGCCCAUCUCUCCUCUUCUCCUUUGGAAAGGCCCUCUUCGCCCUCUCCGACGUUCUCGCCGGAUGGCUCAUCGCUAGAUCCCUCGUCUCCGCGUACGGAAUGGACGCUCCUCGCGCCUUGAAGUACGCUAGUUUCUGGCUUCUGAAUCCCAUGGUCGCGAACAUUAGUACCCGGGGUUCCUCUGAGGGUCUGCUCGGAGUGCUGGUCAUUGCUCUGCUUUGGGCUGUGCUUCGCAGGAGAGUGGUCCUGGCGGGUGUGUUGCUGGGACUGAGUGUGCAUUUCAAGAUCUACCCGUUUAUCUACGGAGUGUCGAUUAUUUGGUGGCUGGAUCGCGAACGAGACGGCAGCAGCAGCGCGUUAAAGAACGCUGCUGGAAGCAAAGAUACCAGCAUCGUCACUAAGAUCAUGAAUUUCAUCACUCCCCCCCGCAUCAUCCUCACCCUGACUUCCCUGGUCACCUUCACUCUCCUCAAUCUCCUCAUGUACUCACUUUACGAUACCCCCUUCCUGCAACAUACCUUUCUCCACCAUCUCACGCGCAUCGACCACCGCCAUAACUUCUCCCCCUACAGUACCCUCCUCUACCUCUCUGCUGCAGGCGAGGUGCAGGGGAACUUUGAGUCAUUGGCGUUCAUCCCGCAGUUACUUCUUUCUGUUGUGGUUAUCCCGCUCAUCCUGGCGAAGAAGAGUCUUCCUGGGGCAAUGCUCGCGCAGACGUUCGCAUUUGUUACCUUUAAUAAGGUUUGUACGAGUCAGUAUUUCCUCUGGUACCUCAUCUUUCUCCCCUUCUAUCUCCCGGGUUCUUCGAUGUUGAAGGCUCCGCGGUUUGGGAGCGUUGUGGCGGCUGCGUGGGUUAUUGGGCAGGCACUGUGGCUGCAACAAGGAUAUAAUCUUGAGUUUCUGGGGUUGAGUAGUUUCAUGCCUGGGUUGUUUUUGGCUUCGUUGGGGUUCUUUGCGGUUAAUGUUUGGAUUCUGGGGGUGAUUGUUGAGGAUGUGGGGGCUUCUUCUUAG